AUGCCCCAGUUCUUGCUUAGAUUUACUUUGGGCAAUGUGGUUGGAAUGUAUCUGCCUCAGAACUAUGACACACCAAACCUGGCUAAAAAGCUUGAAGAAACUGGGGGACCAGCAGAAAUGAAGAAGGACUUGGAUGCCAAGAAGAAACCCACUAGUUCAUAA